AAUAUAGCUGAUUAUCUCCAUAUUGUUUCAUCAGAAUAUCUCAUUAAUACUGAAGACAGCAGGUCUGGCCGGCUCUCCGCGGGCGAUAAAAGACCAGAUUGGAAACUUUAUUAUUAAACUUAAUCCGUUGGGAGUUUCCACCUUCCCCAGCGAAUCCUCCAGACCUCCAUCGUCACACUUCCUCUCUCUCUCUCUCUGAUCUGAACUCCCUGUUGCUUGUCUUCUUGCGAUUCUCUCUCUGUUACGAAUCUCAUGUGCGUUCUGGCCCUGAGUGUCAGCAUUGUUACCUUGCUCGAGCCUCUCUACUAAUCUCGCCAGACAGCUGCCUGCCGAUUUUAUAUUAGGCCCGUGAGAAACGCGCAUACACCGUCCUGAAGAUAACCCUGAUACUCCUACUGCACCACUACCAAACUUGCCUGUCACAGCUUCUUUGUCUGAAAUGUCGUUUAAGAUUCCCACGCGCGGCCGCGGAUCGCCGGCUCCGACGGCGUCGUCGAGAGCGGGUCCGGAUCGAUCCCGCUCUGCUACUCCCAGUGUCGACUCGCUCGCUGACGCGGGGUCGGAGAAUAGUUUUGAAGAUGAUGCUUUUAGCAUUGUCUCUGGUGCUGAGUUUACUGGUGAUGACGACUUUAGUGAUGACGUCUCGAACUUUAGUGUCGGAAACUUCUCUACUUCAGAUCUCCAAUCUGAGCAGCCUGAGGCUGACGAGGAGGAGGGUUUGUCUCACGAUCCUAUCGCUGGUUCGGAUGUAGUGCAGGAUAAUGAUUUUUUAUCUGCGAGCAUUCUGGAUAAAGCGCCUCUUGAGACCUCAUCGUCUGAGAGUACCGAUAAUACCGACGUCCUAAAGCCUUUGGAAGAUACGCUGACAGACGUCAGUACUCCUGAUACCAUGCCGACCAGUGCACCCACCGACAGCGACAAGAAGGAAGACUUAUUUGAGAUUUCUGAGAAGCCCGGUGACUGUGAGGACGAACCGCUUUCUCAGUUCUCUUCUGGGUCUGCUAGCGCUGCAAGCACAGUAUUACUGGAGAUUGCUAGAUACGUGAACGACAUGAUCAACUCUCUCCUGCUCUUUCUUCAGGGGCUGUAUACCUCGACUGGUUCAGUUAAAUCUGCAAAGAAUCCCUCCAAUAUUGUCGUCAAGGCAGUAACUACCCUCACGGUCUCGGUUAUGGUGGCUUCGUAUGCCUGGACGGCUUUAAUGGAAGAGCACGAAUUCAAGUUCUUUGUCCACCAGAACGAUAUCUUGAUCCGAGCGCCCAAGUCUGUUUUGGACCCAUCAAGCCUUUUACCCAUGUAUUCCAAGGUAUCAGACUUUAGUAUUCAGUCAAUCAAGGAAGCCUACGAGAUUGAUGCGCAGUCGAGGAGAUUUACGGUUGAGAAUACACCUCUUGAAAAGACGGUCAUGGUCAGUUUGAAUCCAAAGGACGCACAGGGUGAAGUGAAUAUGACUAUCGAGAUCUACCUCGGCUCUGAGAGUCGUUAUACUAAGCAGUGGUACCUGCUGGAGUUUGAGAAGACCGAAGCACCCGUGGUCGCAGAAGUGAAUGAAGCGCUUUCUAAUGUCAAGUCACUUGCUUUCGACUACUUCAAGUUUUCUGAACAGAAACUGGCCGAGCAAGCGGCCAAGCUAAGCGUUGCAGCCGAAAUCUCACAGCAGAAGCUUGUCGGAUACGGUGCAGAAGCAAAGAAGUACUCUGAGGAGGUGCUGUAUCCCGAGCUUCAGCGUGAAUGGGUCAAGUCUGUUCAUGUGGCGAGAGAGGCCUCUGAGUUGUCGACAGAGCUUGCAAAGAAGGCAGGCAAGGAGACGAUUGACUUUGCGAAACGGUCUGCGCCGGUGAUCAGAGAAUUUGGCAAUGAGGUUAAAGAAGCAACUGCUAAAUGGACGCGAUGGUUGGCUGAUGAAUUGAGGGAUAUAAGCAAGAAGCCGACGGAGAAGGCGUCGAAGAAUGCUUAUAGGGGGUAUAAGAAGUACUUCACCUGAUCUUGAUGCUUCUUUCGUUUGUUGUCUACGGCGUAAUAGGGUGUAUUGGACUUGUUACGGUUGUUUUUUAAGUGCUCUUGAUUUUGUUUUCUUUGCUAUUUCGUUGCGUAUACUUUUGUUGUUUGUGCUUGUGUUUGCGUUUGUGAUGGUUUGAUGAACUCGCGACGAAUAAUGUCUGUUGAGAUGAUGUCUAGCUCGCGGCUAUCAACGCUCGAUGUUGAUACUCUCGCCGAGCGUUAUUUUGCUAUGAACGUUCCUUUUAUGUGCUGUUGGGUACUUCUUUCAAUGAACAAAUAUACCUGGAAAUAAGACAAAGAGGACCGAUGACGACAGGGCUGGUUGGAGAUGGGGUCAGGG